UAUUGAGAUCAGAUGUUUCUUCGAUGAGAGAAUUUGCAGAAUGUCGGCCCAGUUUCACUUAGUUCCAUCCUCUUCUCUCACUCCCAUAUAUGGUGGUGAGAACACGUUCUGAACCGUUGCUUAGCUGUUUGGCCCUGACUGACGUAGCUAGACGCUCCCAGUCGAGACGUUUUUGGAGGGGCUCUUUACUUCUUCACUUCAGUGGCCGUGCCUUGCUGCUCACCAACAAUCUAGCACUCCUCGGUCUUCUUCUAGAGGUAGAUAUCCAAGCAAAAUGACCGACCAAGGCUUAUCAGACGAGGCCGCGGCAGCAGCGUGCAAAGAUGGAAACCCACUUACGAAGGAUUUCAUGAUGCAGCAGACCAUGCUGAGGGUGAAGGAUCCAGUGAAAUCCCUGGAUUUCUAUACCAGGAUCAUGGGAAUGACGUUACUCCAAAAGUUUGACUUCCCCUCCAUGCACUUCUCCCUUUACUUCCUGGGUUACGAGGACAAGAAGGAGAUCCCUGCUGAUGUGAAAGAAAGAACGGCCUGGACCUUCUCCAGACGAGCCACCAUUGAGCUCACACAUAACUGGGGCUCUGAGAGUGAUGCUAGCCAGUCUUACCACAAUGGCAACUCGGACCCUCGUGGCUUUGGACACAUUGGAAUUGCGGUGCCUGACGUCUAUGCUGCCUGCAAGCUGUUUGAAGAGCAAGCAGUUACCUUUGUCAAGAAGCCUGAUGAUGGUAAAAUGAAGGGGCUGGCGUUUGUACAGGACCCUGAUGGCUACUGGAUCGAGAUCCUCAGCCCCAACAACAUGGUCUCCAUCACCUCUUAAAGAGGCAACAAGGACCCCCCAACAAUUUAGGAAACCCCCCAGUUCCAUGAAGGAUACUUAUGGGAGUAGCAGUGACACGACAUAAGGACAAGGCACACUUUUCUAUUGUCUUGAGAGCUCGUGGCAAUGAAAUGCAGCCCGGCAUUGGGAAAAGGGCCAAUCGUAAAGAAUUAGGGUUGUAUUUCUCAUUGAGUUUAAUGGCUGAGCGCAGGUUUGGCGGACAUUUUGUUUUGAGUAUACAGCGAUGCCUGACUUAACCUAAUGUGCAGUAAAGCUAAACACCACUGUUCAAAGCUA